AUGCCACAGAGGAAACGACCUUACGUGCCGAAAAUCAAAGGCUGUUACGAGUGUUCUCAGCGCCGAAUCCAUUGCGAUCGCACACAUCCCAACUGCAAGAAAUGUGAUGCAAAGGGUAUCUCUUGUAGUGGUUUCGGCUCGUCAUGGAAAUUUCGCAAUAGUUUCAAGUUCUCUCUGGGAACGAAGAGUUCGAAGAAAUCCAGUUGUUCUGGGAAAGGGAAAGUCCAGGUUCUGGCUCCAACGUUCUGUUUGACAAGGGGAAAAAGUGCGAUCAACAAUGAGAAAGACGGUCAUGGUCAUGACUCUCAAUAUGAGUCAUUAUUCAAGAGGAGGUCCAUAGUUUCUCCAAACUUUGGCUCGGUGAGCCCUGGGAAGCUGUUCCUGCUGGACUAUUUUUCUCAAAACAUUGCCCCCGAGAUGGUGAUUAUUGAUGAUCUCAAUAAUGGGUGGCGACAUAUGGUUCUUCCAAUAGCCCAUCGUGAUGAACUGGUUAUGAACGCGGUCCUUGCAGCAUCUGCAUUCCAUCUAUCCAGCAGGAGAGGUUGCGAACUCCAGGAUGCUGCUAAACUUUAUACAACGGCUAUCCGAGAGCUUCAAAAGAAAAGAUCUAUCGACAAAUAUGACCUGGAAACACAGCAUGUCAUCAUUCUAACAAUACUUGUUCUUCUCGUGGCUUUGAUGGUGAACGGGUCCUCGGAUUUUCCCAUCGUGUUUCACGUGUUACAAUUUGCUUUGCAAGCUAUUGGCGGCGACUCAAAGCUCGCAGAGGGAGAUUUGGCCCAGUUCCUUCUACGGCAAAUCCACAAGAUAAGAGUUUACGGAGCGCCAUUCAUAAGUCAGGACGUGGGCACAAGCACCCUUAUUUUUGAAGGCCAACAGAGUUUUGAUUGCCUCGAGUACUAUCGUCACCUCUAUCCCACAUAUUUCGAUUCAUUCGACCGAAUUGCGAGUCUGAGACAACAAGCAUAUGACAUUUACCUCUAUCGGGCAUCCCUAGGAGAUGAUGGAGCACCAUCGACGCACCUAGUAGAAGAUUUCAAAUCGACUCUCGAGCAGAUUCCUGAAGGAUCGCUAGGCGAGCAUUCUCUUAUCUGGGCGUGUUUUAUUGCUGCGUCCGAGAGCCACUCGCUUGAGCACCAGUUGUUCUUUGAUACCUUUUUGAAACGACAAUUCAGUCGCAAUGGGUUUGUCAAUAUUUUAAGAGCUUUGGAUCUGCUUCAGGAAAUUCGGAAGAAGCGAAAAAGUGAGAACUGGACGAAAUUGUUGCCGGAACCGCAGGUAUUCAUUAUGUGA